AUGCGGUUCCCCUUUGCGUUUUCUCUCGCGGCAUUCUUUGCUUUUCUUUCCACCUCCGCGGCCUCGCAAGUCAUUACCUUGACUGCAGUCAACUUUAACUCCGUAGUCAAGCACGAGCCGCUGAUCAUGGUUGAAUUCAUUGCCUCGUGGUGUCCACAUUGCCAGACGUUGACUCCCAUUUAUGAGAGAGCCGCGACAAAUUUCCAGGGCACUGCGAAAAUUGCAAAGAUUGACUGCUCCAAGGCUCCAGAGUCAGAGAUCUGUAAGGCCAGCGGCAUCCAGGGCUAUCCGUACGUAGCUCCACGCUCUCGACUUGCGUAG